CGUGCCCUGCAAGCGUGGCACUAGGCCAUUGCACCCCCGACAGGUACCGUACGCGGAGAGUUUCACCUUCACUCUGAAGCAACACCCCGACAUACCGUCUAAGCAAAACGUCACCAUGGAAGCAAACGCCAACAAUACCGGCCAUUCCACACCAACGCCCUCUUCGCGCGUCUCUUCCUUCCUCUCCGUCAAGAAACCCCACUCCUCAACCAAUCCCCCGGCCUCAGCGCUAGCAACAACACUGUCAUCCGAGCAACCACCCCCGAGAGCUCUCUUCUCCUCCGCCCAGGACGAAACCGCCGACCUCCUCAAGACCAUCCACCAUGUCCGCACGCAACUCCGCGAGGUACAGCGCCUGUACCGCCUCAAGGCCACGUGGCUGGAUGCCACCGAGACCCACUGGAUCGAAGCUACGAUGGCCGACCUGGACGAUGCGGUGCGCGCGGUUGCGCUGCUGGUGGAACCGGCCCGCGUGGAGCAGGAGACCCGGCGGCGUCGGGGGAGUAUCGGCCUGGCGACGCAGCUGCGGUGGGUGUGUCGCGAUAGUCGGCGGGCGCGGUUGCAGCGCAGUCGGCUGCUGAUGUGUCACCAGAGUUUGAUGGUGGUAUUUGAGCGGUUGCGUGGGGUGCAGGCUCCCGCUGGUGGUGCUGCAUACCAGCAGGAGCAGGAUGUGAUGGAGUUGCCGGCUGGUGAGGUUUUGGCUGAUGGGGAUGUUUUGAGAGUUUGAUAUAUGGGGUAUAGUUAACUGGGUUGACACGGCUUGCGAGUGCAUUAU